UACAGAUUUGACUGCUUCCUGCACCCUCCUUCCCUUACAACAUGCACAUUCGUAUCUUCUUAAAUCACUGCUAAGAGAUUGCAAACUUGGUCUCUGUGUCAUCUGAGCAUCAUUCAGAAAUGUUCCUGUGAUCUGUGAAUUGUUCCCCGACUUUGCUCAGCCAGGCAGUCUUAGAGGUCCUCUGCCGGCAGGAGGGGCCAGUCCAUUAAAAUCUGAAGACCCAGAACUUUCCGAAGCUGCGAAGCUGCAACAGCAGGCUAGCAAGCCACAAAGCAUUGUGAGCUGAAUAGAUCUCUUAAUAAGCUUUUAGAUGUGAUUUGGCCGACGUCAUCCACACAGGAGGCUAAAAGAAAAAGCCAGCAAGCGUUGUAAUGUGAAUCACUGCAGACCCACUGGGAGUGACAACCCCAGGAAGCUAAUGAUCUCUCCAGAAAAGAACUGACCACCGUUACCCAGAAACUGAACACAAUGUAGGGAGGACAGCCCCCGGAUGUCCCCAAGAUGGCAUAGUCCUAAAUGCACCUUCCAUGAUUGUGGACGUCUUUACUCGUGGGUGGCGGCCCAGGCCCACAGCUUCGUGUUGAGCUGAAGGAACUUGUCUACUGCUUUCCCGAAAACCUCGUUCUCUCCUAAUUCAUGAGCCAGCAGGAUGCUGUCGCUGCGCUUUCUGAACGUCUUCUCAUAGCUGCGUACAAAGGCCAAGCAGAGAAUGUGGUUCAGCUCAUCAACAAGGGCGCCAAAGUAGCAGUUACCAAGCAUGGCCGGACCCCCCUACAUCUUGCUGCCAAUAAGGGCCAUCUUUCUGUGGUCCAGAUCUUGCUGAAGGCCGGCUGUGACCUCGAUGUCCAAGAUGACGGAGACCAGACUGCCUUGCACCGAGCCACGGUGGUGGGGAACACGGAGGUCAUCGCGGCACUCAUCCAGGAGGGAUGUGCGCUGGACAGACAGGACAAGGAUGGGAACACCGCCCUGCAUGAAGCCUCCUGGCACGGCUUCAGCCAGUCUGUCAAGCUGCUCAUCAAAGCGGGCGCCAACUCACUUGCCAGGAACAAGGUGGGGAACACAGCUCUGCACCUGGCCUGCCAGAACAGCCACUCCCAGAGCACUCGUGUCCUCCUGCUGGGCGGGGCCCGUGCUGACCUCAAAAAUAAUGCAGGCGACACCUGUUUGCACAUUGCUGUGCGCUAUAAUCACUUGUCCAUCGUCAGGCUCCUCCUCAGUGCUUUCUGUUCUGUCCAUGAAAAGAACCAGGCUGGAGACACAGCGCUUCACAUUGCUGCUGCUCUGAAUCACAAGAAGGUGGUUAAAAUCUUACUGGAAGCUGGAGCAGAUGGGACCAUUGUUAAUAACGCAGGCCAGACUCCGCUGGACACUGCCCGCUACCACAAUAACCCGGAGGUUGCUCUUCUCCUCACUAAAGCUCCCCAGGUCUUACGCUUCAGUCGUGGGCGAAGCCUGAGGAAAAAGAGAGAGAGGCUCAAGGAAGAGAGGAGAGCUCAGUCUGUGCCAAGAGAUGAGGUGGCACAGAGCAAGGGCAGUGUCUCAGCAGGAGACACCCCCAGCAGUGAACAGGCUGUGUUCAAAAAAGAAGAGACCAGAGAAGAUUUCCUGUCAGCCUCCCCAGAACCCAGAACACAGGAUCACGGGAAGAGGAAGUCCAAGCCCAAGGUGUCAGCAUUUUCUGACCCCAUCCCACCAGCAGACCAGCAGCCUGGCCAUCAGAAGAACGUGCAUGCUCAUAAUCACCCUAAAAAGAGGGGCAGGCGUCGGUGUUCUUCCCCGCCCCCACCGCACAAGUUCAGAGCAUACCAGCUCUACACGCUGUAUCGUGGCAAGGACGGGAAAGUGAUGCAGGCACCGAUCAAUGGCUGCAGAUGUGAACCUCUAAUCAACAAGCUGGAGAAUCAGUUGGAGGCAACUGUGGAGGAGAUAAGAGCAGAGCUGGGAUCAGUUCAGGAUAAAAUGAACGCCAAGCUGGGGCAGAUGGAGAAUAAGACCCAGCACCAAAUGCGAGUUUUGGAUAAGCUGAUGGUUGAGCGGCUCUCUGCAGAGAGGACGGAGUGCCUGACCCGCCUGCAGCAGCACUCGGACGCGGAGAAGUGCGAGGGAGAGAAACGGCAGAUGUCCUUGGUGGAUGAAUUAAAAACCUGGUGCAUGUUAAAGAUUCAGAGUUUAGAGCUGAAGCUUUCUGGGGAUUCUAGGACCUCCAGGGCCAAAUCCACACCAUCUACCUGCGAAUCAUCUACAGGUGUGGAUCAAUCAGGGGGGACUGCAGGUCCAGCAGCGGCCUCUGACAGCUCCCCUCAGGUGGUUAGGCCCAAGGAAAAGGGCCUCAACUCCACUGCUACCCACAGGCUCCAGGAGGAACUGUCUUGCUCUGACUGCACAGGCUCCCGUCUGAGGAAUGUCAAGGUCCAGACAGCCUUGCCAUCCUUGAAUGAGCCAGCCAGAUGUGAUCAGGCUGGGCCCUGUGUCAACAGAGGCACCCAAACUAGGAAGUCUGGGAAAAGUGGACAGACAAGGCACCGGGCCCAGCUGCCAGGAGCAGCAGUAGGCCGUGAGCAGAUGGCCCCUCAUCCCAGAGAUGCCUCCCAAGCUCUGGAGCUGACCCAGUAUUUUUUUGAGGCUGUCUCUACCCAGAUGGAAAAGUGGUAUGAGAGGAAGAUUGAAGAAGCACAAAGCCAAGCCACUCAGAAAGCGCAACAGGACAAGGCUACGCUGAAGGAGCACAUUAAAAGCUUGGAAGAGGAGCUGGCUAAACUGAGGACUGGGGUGCAGAAGGAGAAUUAGCUCCAGAAGGUGGAACGAGAAAAGAUUCUGCAGGGUUGGCGGCUCCUGUGGCUCAGUGAGUAGGGCGCCGGCCCCAUAUGCCGAGGGUGGCGGGUUCAAACCCAGCCCCAGCCAAACUGCAACAAAAAAAUAGCCAGGCGUUGUGGCGGGCGCCUGUAGACCCAGCUUCUCGGGAGGCUGAGGCAAGAGAAUCGCGGAAGCCCAAGAGUUGGAGGUUGCUGUGAGCCGUGUGACGCCACGGCACUCUACCCGAGGGUGGUACAGUGAGACUCUGUCUCUACAAAAAAAAAAAAAAGAUUCUGCAGGGUCUCGUGUUUGCAGCUGCAGGCAGCACAUGGAGAACUCGAUAGUCGUGUGCGUGCAGCUGUGCCUGUAAGAGAAGGUCACUGAUUUCUGAAAUGAGCCAGGUACGUGCCUCCUACGCCCCGAAGUUAUUGAGGUUACUUCAACAAUUAAACUGGACCAGGCAGAGCUUGCUUAGUUUCACAUUUCACUACAAACACUAGACUUCAGUCCAGGUUCAUCUGAAGUUCAAAAGCUCAGAUUAAGCAAACAGCUCUACGAAACUGAAUAAUGUGUAAGCCUGAACCCCUAAAUUCAGGAUAUCUGAAGUAAUUUAAGUCAAAAGUAAGAAAAGAUCAGACCCCUAUGACCUCAUGUAGUCAUUCAUGUGGAUUGGAACACACCUGCUCUUUCUGUCAGAAAGCUGUCCCUCUGAAAUGUGCUACACCCUCUUUCUCAAAUUCAUAAUUAUUAAAAUACUGACAUUUUAACCAGGUGCAAACUUACCAGAUUUUGAGGAGAAAGAUUUUUGUGAUGUCACAAAUCCAUUAUAUCUUAAAACUUUUUUGAAAAGUCAGUUUAUUUAAAUAAUGGAUAAUUUGCUAACAGCACUGGGAAUAUUAGCAAUGAGCUCCAGUGAGAAAGGUUCAAAUCAUUUGAUCAUCAUUUUUGUAUUUGUCAGCCAAAAAUUGAUUAAAUAGUGAUUUUAAAGCAGAUUAAUUGGAAAAAUAUUCAUGUUAACAGUUACCUGAAACUUCUAUACCCUAUUCCUAAUCAAAUCCAAUUAUCUUAGAGUACCUUUCUGAAUUUGAUAUUAUUCAUCUAUAUUUUAUAGGGAAAUAAAUCAUUUCUUGAAAGUAUUUCAUUUUGAAUUGAGUUCUGUCAUUGAAGAACCUUGAAAGCUGUCCAUGGCUUUUCAGUGGGUAGCGACAUCAAGAUAGAAUACUCAGUAACGUGACUUAGGCCCCAGCCUCCUGGAGCCUGGAAGACUUCACUGAGCUCCAUAACUGAACUAUAAACACAGCAAGUUGUAAAAUGUGUUGAAACUUUGAAUAAGCUUCUUGUCUCUUGGAAUGUGGGAUUAUAGUCAUCUCCUCAAAAGCCCAGGUGUGCAUAGAUACUUCAUUUCUAUUUCUUUAACCGUGGAAACCUAAUAACUAUUGUCCACAAUUGUGAAUGAAAUACUGCUCUUUGAGCCAAAGAGAAAAUAAUGACUUCCUAACAUAGGAACACCAAGAAAAACAGAAAGUAUGCUUUUAGUCCCUUGGCCAAACUCGCAGUUUUAGGGUUUUUUUAGGGUGAUGAUCCAUGGAUAUAGCCAUUCCAAAAAAGAAAACUAAUUCAGUAGAUGUAUGUCAUUGAGGCAGGAGGAUGUGGAAUGGGGAUGAUAGGCAUCCCAAGCUGGUUUUCAUGUCUGGCUGGUCAGCCACUGCGUGGGCAUAAGUCCUUUCCCAGAGACACUCUUGAGUUGCUACUACUGGGGAAUUUUCCUCUUCAUUUUCCUGUUUUGUUCCUAAAGCAGAAUCACAGAACUAUAGAACUGGAUAGUUAAUACCUUCAGUUUUCUGAAUCUGUUCCCAAACAGGACAUCACUUCAGACUCAUUCCUCAGUAUACAUCAAUUUAUUGAGAGCUGCCUAAUAGUAAAAGAAAAGAAGAAAUCUUGAGAACUUUAGCAAGUCAUGUUAUUUUCAUUUGUCAGAAUAUCUUCUAUUACCUCACUAUGUCCUUGACAAGAAAUGUUGAAAAUGAAAACAAAUUUUGUAUCAAGUCUACACUAUAGAAUGCAUUGGUGGGAGUAUUUGAUUUAUACUUCAGGCAGCUUAUCAGUGUGAACUAGAUAUUUUUGUCAAAAUCCAUAGUUAUGCUUUGGGAGGCUGAAGCAGAAGGAUAGUUAGAGACUAGUUUGGGCAUUAACAAGACCCCAUCUCUACAAACAAUAAAUUAAGCCAUAUAUGAUGGUGCACACCUGUAGUCCCAUCUAUGUGGGAGGCUGAGGCAGGAGGAUCCUGAGCUGAGGAGUUGGACGCUGCAGUGAGCUGCGAGGAUGCUACUGCAUUCCAGCCUUGGCAACAGAGUGAGACCCUGUCUCCAAAACAAGACAUACAUACUUAAUACAUAAAAUUCACAGAUAGGGAAGAAACUAGAGAGAAAUGAGAAGGGUCAAAUGGACCUAGUCUGAGAGACCACAUGGAUCUUAUCUCUUGGAGGUCUGUGUCAUAGAAGAGAAAAUCCAUCAAGACAAAUAGAACAGGGUCAGUCAGCCUCCUAACCCAGAAAGGGGGCAAAGUCUCAAGACCAAUGCAAUAGCUUUUUUUUUAUUUUUUGGUUUAGCACGCCCUGGCUGGGUUUGAACCCGCCACCUCCUGUGCACAGGAGGGCACUCUAACCAUUGAGCUGUGGGUGCCCAGCCAAUGCAAUAGCUUUUUAUUUUCAACAACUGUGUUUGGUUUUGUUAUUGUCAAAAACUUAGCUACAGGUCAGUGAAUAUUUUUCACUUUUAGCUAUCUGCUAAAAUAAAUAAAUUCCACAACUGUACUUUUCCAAAGGAUCAGAACCACUAACAAUUUAUAGGCUGUCAUGUUUUAAACUGAAGCUGAAACUUUCGAUAGCUAUGGGAAAGAUCAUGUAAAAUCCAGAAAUGUAUAAUAUUGCAGUGGUUUUUCAUAAUAUUAUUAGUGCAUUAUUGCAUUGAGUAUACUAAAUAUCUGUGAUAGCCUGAAUAUACUAGUUCCAAUCUUACUUUUGACUUUGGAACCCCAAAAUAAAGAAGUGGCAUUUGUCAUCUGUUUAAUAUUUUUACCAUCUUGAAUUUGUGUCUCCUUAAAGUAUUGAACAUUGUUCUCUAAACUAUGGGUCUUAAAUUCCUUAUUAAAAACAUGAAAGGGCUCAGCACCUGUAGCUCAAGCAGCUAAGGUGCCAGACACAUACACCAGAACUCCUGGGUUCGAAUCCAGCCUGGGCCUGCCAAACAACAAUGACAUCUACAACCAAAACAUAGCCGGGUGUUGUAGCAAGCACCUAUAGUCCCAGCUACUUGGGAGGCCAAGAUAAGAGAAUCGCUUAAGCCCAGGAGUUUGAGGUUGCUGUGAGCUGUGAUGCCACAGUACUCUACCUAGGGCAAUAGCUUGAGACUCUAUCUCAAAAAAAAUAAAAUAAUAAAAAGAUGAAAGUGUGACUUGACACCCAUAGCACAGUGGUUAUGGCAUCAGCCACAUACACUGAGCCUGGUGGGCUCGAACCCAGCCCGGGCCAGCUAAACAACAACAGCUGCAACAAAAAAGAAAAAUAGCUGGGCAUUGUGGCAGAUGCCUGUAGUCCCAGGUACUCGGGAGGCUGAGGCAAGAGAAUUGCUUAAGCCCAAGAUUUAGAGGUUGCUGUGAGCUGUGACGUCACAGCACUCUACCCACGGUGAC